AUCAAGGUAAACCAGGAAGUGGCAUCAGUGGUGCCUUCACCAGUAAAGUGGCCCUUCAAAUGCUAACAGUCUGCUCCACCGGCGCUGAAGUGUACGAGUCGACGUUACAGCACAGAGAAAGACAACCAAGUCCGACUUGAGACGUUUUGGUUUCUCUUUGGUCUACAUACCGAACUGGUCCACUUCCUGUUCCUGCCCCGCAACCCCUCCUUCUCGAAUGCAAGAAUUUUAAGUUACAUCAGGAGAACCCCAGAAAAUGACUGACCUACUCUCAAUUUAGUGUGUGUGUGCGUGCGCGCGUGCUUGUGUGUGUGUGUGUGUGUGUGUGUGUGUGUGUGGCACUUCCUCGCGCCAAGGAUCCGGACAGACCCCCCCCCCCCCCCAAUCUAACCCCCCUUUCACCUUCCAGUCUGACUUCCCCGUCCACCUUCAGGCUCCUCCAUUGAGCUGCUCUCCUCGGCACAGCUGCCCAGACCGGACUUCUGCGUCAUGCCGACACACCUGAGGUUCAGUCCGGCUCUGAGGCAGGACGGUUUGCCUGGUCUGUGAGAGGAUCCAGUGGUUCCGUCUAGGAGGAGAGGAGGGCAUGCCCCCGCUCACAAAGAGGACAAGAAGAAGAAGAAGAAGAAGUAUAUAGGCUCACAUCCUCCGCAGCUUCAUGUUCGACCAGGCGGCGAUGGGCGAUCGGAACCACCGCUGUGGACCCAAGCCGCUGUGUCCGGACAGGCUGGACGCCAAAGGCCGGUCCCCGGUGCACAGCUCCUCCGACACCCCGGGGACCUCCUCGUCCACCCCGACGUCUUCCAGCGAGGACGGCCACGACAAACUUUUAGGAGUGGACCCCGAGUACUGCCGGAGGAUCCUUGUGAGAGACGCCAAAGGAACCAUCAGGGAGAUCGUACUACCCAAGGGACUCGACCUGGACCGGCCUAAACGCACACGGACUUCUUUCACGGCCGAGCAGCUGUAUCGUCUGGAGCUGGAGUUCCAGCGGUGCCAGUACGUUGUGGGCCGCGAACGAACUGAACUUGCCCGCCAACUGAACUUGUCUGAGACCCAGGUCAAGGUGUGGUUCCAAAACCGUCGGACCAAGCAGAAGAAGGACACCACCAAGGAUUCGGACAAACGCUGCUCCUCUUCAUCCGAGUCUUUGGCCACCUGCAACAUCCUGCGUUUGCUGGAGCAGGGCCGCCUCCUGUCGGGCCCGGCUCCGCCCCCUAACCCGCUCCUAGGGCCCCAGCCACACCCGGCCAAUGGCGUUCUGCUGAGCAGUCCCAUCGGUGGCUCCUCAGCUUCCCCCGGCCUAAGCGGAAGCAGUCCCUCCAGCUCCCUCGCGGGGGCCGCCUAUGGGUUGUCGCUGCCCCCGCUGGGCGGCACCCCGGUUUCCCCACGGCUAGCCGUCCCACCACCGCAUUCCCUCUGCUUCUCCAUGCCUCUGCUGGGCGGAGCACAUCACGAACUGACCUCCGCCUACAGCUGCGGGUCUUCGGCCUUUGAGCCGUACCUUAGGCUGGACAGGAAGGAGACAGAUCUGGGCGGCAAGAAAACAGUUUCCUAAAAUGACUUCCGGGUUACGGCAAGUACACUACACCAUGGUGGCGGCCGAGCGCUGACAUGUGACUGUCAGAUGAUGAAAAAAAACAAACACAAAAAAACAAACUUGAUGGCACGUUGACACACUUGCGAUGGUGUUUUAAUGUGUGUGAGUGUGUGUGUGUGUCAGGAUAAAAAGAACCAGAAUGCAAUCCAGGACAGAAUCAAAUGUUUUGAUGCUGUCCCAAUAUGGAUGAAAAAAAGUAAGCGUAGCAUUUAAGUGUGUUAUUUAAAAUGUUUGUGGUCCAGCAGUAGAUUGUGUAAUUUCUUGCUUUGCUCGUGUCUUGUGUUUGAACUAACUUAUUGUGGUAGAACCUGGACCAUCUAGCUCUCAUAGUCUCAAUGUAGUCCUGGUCCACUUGGUAGCGUGCCAGCUCCUCCUUCGUGGCGACUUUGCUUUAACGAGCCACACACGGCAGGAGAACACGUUUAAUGUCUGCUAGGGGUGUAACGGAAUACACGCCAUUGUCAUGGUUAGCUACAGGUUAAAGGCCAAGGGAACAAAAUGAAAAAAAAAAAGUCAAACCGCAAAUUUAAUACAGCUUCUCAUAAUAUUACCACCUUAUUCUUGUCCAAAUUGAGUUUGUAUUAAUUACAACUCUUAUCUUGUAAAAUUACAAUAAUUUGUUGGAAAAUUCACAAUUUUUUGGAUAGUGUUCUAACUUUUUUCCCCUCAUUGCAUUAUUUUCUCAUAAUAGGAUUGCAUUUUCUCUCAACGAAGUACAGCUUAGUACAACUUUUUCCUCAUUUUAUUAAGGCUUUAAAUAUUUUAUUCUUUCUUGUAAUUUGUUUACAAUUUUUGUAUAUUCUAACAUUAAUCUUGUACCAUUGCAAUCUUUUUUUUUUGUAAAACAAUUACUUUGUUUUCCUAAUAAUCUGACUUUAAUCUUUUAAACUUGUAAAAAUAUAUCCAAUAGUUUACAAAGCUUAUUUUUAAGAAAUUGCAAGACCCGAAACACCCUAUGACCCCGGGUUUAUCACUGAUGACGUGUCCUAGCAUCACCGUGAGGUGUAUUCAAGUUCUACAGUAAGAGCUUGAACAAUGUGAAUGGUUAUUUUAUUUUUAGUGGAUGAAAGUUUCCUAUGGGCUGAAUAGCAGAAUUAGUAGUUCCAUCUUGUAGCCUUGUCCCUAGUGAACAAUGGUGGCUCACUCCUUUCAUCUUAUCCACUUGUAUUUGUCCUUUUGCUUAUAUCACCGGGAAUGCUAAGUGUUCCGAAAUAGAAGACUUAAACCGAGGAAGAAGGUUUUCAACCUUUGGCUUCUCCUUGGCACUAUAACUAGCCAUGACUAUAGCUAACCAAAGGCUGGACAGCACUGUUUUUGUUUACCGAGUCGACACGUGGGCAGUAAUAGGCAGUUAUACUUCCCGUCCCUCAUUUAAACUGAAUCCCAGUUCUCUCCAUUAACUUCUCGUUUGUCUAGCCCCCAGCCCUCACGUCUCAAAACAAAAGACCAAGACAUAGUGGUGCCCAAAAUUGUGAAUUCUGAAAGUAGAUUUGCUGUAUAAUUGUUUGAGAUGUGUCAACUUGAAGUGAAGUCGGUUUUCUGCUAGUCUGACAACUUAGUUUUCAAGCUACAGCUAGGUCAUAUGUCGAGCGAUUUUUAAAUGAAAAUAACAAUCCAAACAUGGUUAAUGUGAAUUAAUAAAGUAGAUUAGCCGUCUAAUCUUUCAUGAAAUGUACUAAUUGUAGUAAAGUCAGUUUCUGCUCGUCUGACAUUGCUACAGCCGUGCUAGCUAGUUUAUAUGAUGAGCGAUUUUAAAAUGAAAAACAACAUUCAAAACAUGGCUAAUGUGAAUUCUGAAAGUAAAUUAGUUGUCUAAUCGUUUAUGAAAUGUAGCAAAUUAUAUUAAAGUCUGUUUACUGCUAGUCUGGCAACUUAGUUUACGAGCUACAGCCGCGUUAGCUAUCAUGUAUGAUGAGUGAUUUUAAAACAAAAAACAUUCAAAACAUGGCAAUAUUUUUGUGGAGUAGCGAAGGAUUGAAUACCUGAUAAAAUAUGACUGUCAUUACUAUUAAUAUCAAUAACGCUUAUAAUUACUUAUAAUUAUUCAUGGCUCAUGACAGAAAGUGUGAUCGGGACCACGCAUUUCAUUUCGAGGAUUAACUCUCUUUGACACUUAGCCCUUCCGUUAAAUUUAAAGAAGAAUUGGGACACCACUUUCAUGAUGUAAACCCGCAAAACCAAGUGCAAAGGGGUAAGACAAAGGGUAUGGGAGAGAAUUGGGAUUCAGCAUUAAUAAAUACUCUGUGUAAAAUUGGUAUGCCUCUGUACCGACGUGAAUGUUCCAUCCGUGAAAAUCGGAUUACAGACACAUGUACCCUUAUACCCCUGGAUUACAGACACAUACCUUAUACCCCUAGAUUACAGAACCAUGUACCCUUAUACCCCUAGAUUACAGACCCAUGUACCCUUAUACCCCUAGAUUACAGAACCAUGUACCUUUAUACCCCUAGAUUACAGACACAUGUACCCUUAUACCCCUAGAUUACAGACACAUGUACCCUUAUACCCCUAGAUUACAGACACAUGUACCCUUAUACCCCUAGAUUACAGACACAUGUACCCUUAUACCCCUAGAUUACAGACACAUGUACCUUUAUACCCCUAGAUUACAGACACAUGUACUUUUACAGUAUACCCCUAGAUUACAGACACAUGUACUUUACCUCGAUUACAGAUACAUGUACCGUUACACCUAUUUUACAGAUACAUGUACCUACAGUACAGAUACUUGUACCUCGAUUAGAGAUACCUGUGUAUGUACCUUGAUUACAGAUACAUGUACCGUUCCACCCCUAGCGUUUACUGUGGUUUGCAUUCAUAGUGCCACACGUUCCAUUCAGCACUUGCAAAGGAACGUACGUGAAAAUCUUCCCUCCAAAUCAAUGUGUGGUUCAAAGCACUUUAUGUUUGUUUGUCCUCCACUGAACCUGUUUUGAGUGACAGCUUUGUUACCAAGAUCUCUACGAAUGCAGUUUCUUUUCACAAGCCUUACGCCAAGACGUGGCGUGCAAUGGCGAGCCUUCCUUCGAGAAUGAAAAACGUCAGUUUGGCCUCAUUUUGAGCCACACGUCACAUGACUUUUUCCACCGUUUAACGGCUGCAUAUUUUUCUUCUUUUCCACUGUGAGCUCUAAAGAUUUUUUUUCCGAAGAUGCGCAGGCUAUUUUUUUUUUUAUAAAGGUCCUGACACUGUUCAUAAAGACGUGGCUUUUCUGAAAGAUGUUGAAAACAGCUGCAGGCCAGAAAAAAAACACAACAAAAUGGUUCUAGUUCUGUUGGAUUGUCACGUUUGGAUGUGUUUGGCCCGCCGCUAUUGCAACUAUUGAGCUGAGAGGUCCACAGAAUCUGGACUUCUUUGUCCAGUGGCGCCCCUGCUGUGUCGUCACCAAAACAUUCGAGGACACUUCAGCAUGGUACAUAAGAUGGAAUGUUCUUAGACUCACUUUGCUUUGAUGGGGCCGUGCUGGAGCAAAAUUUCCUCCUCCGUCGGCUUCGUCUCGCAGUGUUUCUCUUCAAAUGCGCUUUGUGGAAAAGUAAAAACACACACGAGAUUCGUUCUUCUCCGAGCAGUACACAUCACACUACAGCUGUGUCUCAAAUGGAAUACUUCAGUCAAUACUUACGAUUGAGUCUGUUUAGCUAAUUGGAGAGCGAGCUUCCUCAACUAGUGGGUCCAUGACGAUGACUUCUGUUUUGUUUGAUCAGACGUUUUACUGUCGUCUUACAGGCACCUUUUGGAAACAGUUAAUAAACAUUUGCAAAAUCAUUCCUACCGGUAUACAUCUGCGGCUUUGUUUAUGUAAAAAUAUUUUUUUCUUCUAAAAUUUGGUGGGUUUGGCUUAAAUAUCAGUGCGCUCUAUCGCUUAGAAAAUACAGUAUAUUUUGACAAUGUAAUGCUGUCCCAAAUUCCUUGUCAUCGCUACAGUUAUCGCCAUAUUUAUUAUUCUCUCUUUUCAAUGGUAAAUUGCAACCACUCAAGUUAGUCCCUCCUCUUCCGCUACAAGAUGGCGGCUAUCGAGGGUGUUAAGCACUGUGCACUCACCAGUUUGAGUGUUUUGAGUGCAACAUCCUAGUGCUAAAAGUGAACACACUUCCGCACUCAAGUGUCAGUACGGUAGUGCGCCAAUUGAGACACAUAUUAACUCUUUGUAUUUAAUUUAAAGAUAAAUAUUCUAUACAAAAUGGUAUUUUGUGUGUGAUUGCAGCAGGAAAAAAACAAAACUUUUGUAAAUAUGCUUUACAGUUCUUUGUCUCAUUAACAUUUUGCACUUAUUUAAAGAGGCUUACAUCUGUUUUCUGGGCACAAUCAGCCAAGAUCUUGUACAAUAAUGUAUUUUUAUUCAUAUAAAUA